AAAUAUAUGUAUAUAAAUAAAAUGACAUAAAAAUAUAUGAAAUGUAUAUAUAUAAUAAUAAUGAAAAAAAUAUAUAAAUAACAAUAAGUGUAAAAUAGUGUAAAUAUUAAAUUAACUAGAUAAAUUUAAAAGUAGAGGUAAAAAAUAUGAAUCCAUCACUGAGACAUCGUUACGAAGGACAAUUGCAUAAAUAUACAAAUGCUAUGAAAGGAUGGCAGUUCAGGUGGUUCAUCCUGAGCCCAGAAACUGGAGAGCUUCAUUAUUUUUUGAGUGAAUCAGAAAAAAAUCAGCGUCCGAGGUGUUCUAUUUACUUAGCGGGGGCUGUAAUUGCACCCAGUGAUGAAGAUUCAAAUACUUUUACUGUCAAUUCUGCUACUGGUGAUAUGAUAAAAUUACGUGCAACAGAUGCACGAGCGCGGCAAGAAUGGGUCGACAAAUUACGAGCAGUAACUGAAAUGUACACACGGGCGAUAGCCAGCAGUCAUCCACCUCUACCACCACGUGAGCACUCGUCAAAUCCACCCCGGACACCUGUUGACAAACUCGAAGUACUCGAUGCAUUUGCCAAUUGUCGGGAACAAUUAAACAAAGUAGAGAAACAAAACCAAACCCUCGUCACCUCCAUCGAAUCAUCGGAUUUUCAUCUCGAUCCCGAUUUGCUGAUACUUAAAGCCCUCGUACAAUCAACCGUAACUACUUUAAAUCAAUGUCUAAAUAUUCUUUAUCAGUAAUACAAAUUAGAUAAAUUUAUUAUUUAUUUUUAAUCAAAUACAUUAAUUAAUUAAUUGAUUAAUUAAUUAGACGAGGGGACCGUUGACUUUUGGAAGUAAUUUUUUUUAUAGUCAUUUUAUUGUAACAAAAGUCUAGAUUUAUUAGAAGUUAUCAAUUAUGUAUGAUUUUAUUAAUUUCUUAAUUAUUAUCAUAUAUUUUAUAUUUAUUUUAAUUAAUUAUUUAGAAAAAUAUUUUUUUUUUGGGAAACAAAUUUUAUUUUUGUAAAGAAGACUAAAUUUCUUGUAAAAUGACUACCCACAAAGGUAUGUUUAAAAAAAGUCAUUUUUUUGGUAACUGGCCGCGAAUUAACCGCGAGUUGGUGGGGAAGAUAAAGUUGGUUUAAAUAUAUUGACGUGGGUACUCAAAUUAAAGAGAAAUGUAUGAGGAAUAUGAUUAUGGUGAAAAAAAAUUUUUUUGAAAUUUUUUUUGACUUUUUUUUUUGGAAUUAAAUAUAGUGAUGUGGGUACUCAAACUAGAGGAAAUAAGAUGACUGACAAAGAUCUAAUUUUAUUUUUGACGAGUACUACAUCUGACAAUUAAUACUGUAAAAAAUCCCAUACUUUUUACCCGUAAAUUUUAUUAUCUGUGAAAAUAAAUAUAGAGAAAGAGUAGAAAUAUAAUUGUAAAAAUAAAAUUUAGUACUUUUUCGAGUUCAGUUUCUCUAGAUAUUUCAGCUAGAAAAUAAACAGACAAUUUAAUUUAUUAAAAUUAUCAAGGCAGCAAAAAAUUAAUUACUUAUUAAAGUGAAAAAAAAUAUUAAAUGCAAAUGCAUAUCAAUAGUUAAUUUUUUCAUUACUGAAUUA